AUGGAGAAUGUGAAUCCCAUCAACGAAUUCCCGCCAGAUACGCAACUGAGGCCUGAACCGACAGCGGGCGACGAAUCCUACAGGAAUGUGUCAACGCAGCAGCUGGCUGUUGCAAAGGUCGCGAGGAAACGCACCAAAACUGGAUGCUUAACUUGCCGACAACGCCGCAUAAAAUGCGGCGAAGAGAAACCCAUAUGCAAGAACUGCACCAAGUCGAAGCGCGAGUGUAAAGGCUAUGCCCAACGAUUGAUAUUCAAAAACCCUUUGGGUGUUCCUGGGGUCCCGAAUUCCCUUCCACCACAGCCCGUUCCCCCGCCCACCAGAUAUGAGGGCGAAAUCGAUUUCCAAUUAACAUCGGCUGGUACCCAUGGGCCGAUGCUGGCCCCGAAACUUCCUACAGUCCCUGGUUCAGAACAUAGACCACCACCACAACCUUCUACUAGUAGCUUUCAUCAGAACUUCCAUGCUGCUGAUGCUUCCUUCCCCAAACAAUUCAGCGUCCCGGCUCAGACACUUUUACCAGAUACACCAUCGACCUACAAGCCUGCAAAUCAAUCGGCUGGGUUAGGUAAACAAAGGGCAGAACCAUCAAGUUACGCUUCAAAUGACUUCUCUCAAUAUUCCGCCAACGACCGCAGCCCCGCCCAGCAUGAGAGCGAGACCUGGAAUACCCAAGGGCCGGUGGGUUCAAUGGCCUAUUCCCAACACUCCCAGAAUGUACACGCUCCUGACCCGACUCCGGCGCCUCAAGAUACUACAUUACAUGCACAUCAAUCCUCAGAGCAUCAAAGGAGUGCCCCGCAUAGCCAAUUUCUUUCGCCUGUAUCGCCAUUGUCACCAUUUGACUAUAUCGAGGAGGAGGGUGAUGAUUAUUACGAUGUUGAAUCCGACGAGGAAGCGCAAGACCAAGUGGCCAUGCAAGACUUCAACCAGUUGAAUAUGGUCAUGGCUUCUGCGAAUCGAGAUGUAGGACGAGCCCGUCUUUUUACUACUUACCUGGACGAGGUCAAUGUGUUGGAUUUUUAUCAACCAACAUUCGGCUCCUCUCCUUUAAACAACCCAAAGACAGCACGGAUCUUCCUUCACUUUAUACAUGCCACUGGUCCAGCAAUAUCGGUUUUCGAGCGGCAUGGGACAGGUCAAUCUACCAUGCUUGGUGCUCCAGUUCCAAUGGCUCAACAAGGCCUGUGGACGUAUACGCUUCCUCUCAAAGCAUUUCAGCACCAGGCAUUGCAGCAGGCUAUUCUAGCCUUGGGAGGCCUGCAUAUUGCGUAUUUACAGGAUGCUCCAUCCACGGCCUCGCUCAAACAUUAUCAGUAUGCACUAAGAAGAGUCGGUAAAGCGGUCGGCCUUCCUAUGCAACGGAAACAAUUGGGGACACUGGCGGCCACGCUGCUUCUUGCUUACUAUGAAGUAAUGACAGCCGAUCAUUUCAAGUGGAACAAUCACCUGGCAGGGUCUGCUCAAUUGAUCCGCGAGAUAGAUUUUGCUGGCAUAACCCGCGAUCUCCGCGCGCAACGACGGCGUCGGUGGCUUGAGCGAAGCAAUACCAACAGCUUCUUUGAGGAUAUAUAUAUGUUAGGCAACUCGGCGUUUAGUGAUGAUCCCUUUGCUGAAUUAGAGAUGGGCAUCGAUCAGAAUAUCAUAGGAAGUUUUCUAGGGCGGGUAGUCAAUUACGACCAGUUCGGGCAGGUUGAGGAGGAGGGCACCCAGUCCCGAAAGCAAUAUUUUACCCGAAAAGAUAUUGAAACCUUCCGGGUCCAAAGCGACCUAUACUGGUGGUUUUGCAAGCAAGACUGGCUGCAAAGUCUUAUCAGUGCCGGUCCAUUGUUUUUGCCGUUUUCACAAUGGGGACAGUGUCCUCCGCGUGCGGGCUUGGGGCUAAAGAACGAUCUUUAUGGCUCAGCGGACCACUUGCACUUGCUCAUGGGUCGACUUGCGGACUUUGCGGUACGGGACAGGAAAAGAAAGGUAAAUGCCGCCAAAGCCACUGGGUCGGAAUGGAAACCGGAUGCUAAAUUCGGUCGGUUCAUGGCUCGAUUCGCGCCGCGUCCUCCAAAUACAGGCCAGACACCGCCUAAUGCUCCAUCUGGUCCUCCAGGUGGUCCCGCUGGAGCUCGUCGAUCUGGUGGCUUUGGUCCACCCCCUAGUGCGGACUCAAGGAAAGGGCCUCAAGAGCCUCCUAGUAGUAGUAUGGGAUCCAAUAACUCGGCCAGUGCCCAGCCUGGUUCCCCUCCGAAAGCUCCUCCUAUGUACGGCAUGGUCCCUUCAGGUGGGCCUAGGCAAUUACCUGCUGCUUUCGCAACCACGUCAGAUAGACGUGACUCACAUCAGCACAAUGACGAAGGUGACGACAUGUCCUACGAUGAGGCCGAAAACGAGUGGGAGAGCAUAUUGGCGGCAUUUGAGAUGUAUGCACAAUCGCUUGGUCCCGACUUCUUGCCUCUAGCGGCUGAUAUGACCAUGCCAAUACACUCCCCAUUCGGUCUCGCCAUUCAAUACCACACACUCAACAUGGCUAGUCUAAUGGGGUUUUACUACACAGGCCGCCUCGCCCUGCUUCGACUACACCCAGUCAUGCCCCCCGCGAUGUAUGUAGCGGCUGGGUACGCAGCCAGUACAACUGCAGGUAUAGCUCAAACCAUUGGGAGGAUUGCAGCAGGCAUCUAUGGCGCACAAAACGGCCGUGGUGGAAUUGAAGGGUUCAGCCCGUCGGUGGGAUCCUGUUUGAUCGAAACAACUGUGCCUCUCUUCUUUGCAGGUGUUCAGUAUAUGGCACCAGAUCAGCGUGACUGGACGAUAACUGUCCUGGGUGACAUUGCCCGUCUGACCGGAUGGAAGACUGCGAGUUCGAUUGCUCGAGGGUGUGAGAGAGCUUGGAUGGCCGCUGCACAACAAGGACGUGGUCCCCCAUACGAGCGUCGAGAAGGGAGUAGCGUCCCGCAGCCGCCGGCAUGGAGGUAUACAGGUUCUGUUGCUAACACCGAGAGACGGUUUAUCACCAUAAACAAGCUCCCUCCCACAUGGGCAAUGGGAAUCCUGAGUAUAGAUGACCUUGAUUACGAGCAAAACGAAAAGGACCGUGAACAGGCUGCCCAUAUGUGA